AUGGCUGAACCGUCCGAUCUCGUCCAAGCUCUUCGCGGCCAAUGGGACAGGCACCCCGUCCGGGCCGUCGCCACUCUCUUGUCUCUGAUGCUCCUUCUGUACCGGCUAAUCGUAACAGUGAGACAAUACCGGAGGCUUCGACACUUCAACGGCCCGCCACUGGCGGCCGUAUCGAGAUUGUGGCUUCUCCGGGCCGUGAUCGGGCGCCGUGGCGACCUUGACUUCUACCACCGAACAGCUGCUCAUUUUGAGACGCAAGUAGGAUCUCUCGCGCGCAUCGGCCCCAAUGACCUCCUCAACGACGACCCGGAGCUCAUGAAGCGCAUGCUCGGCGUGCGGAGCGAAUACCUCCGUUCGGACUGGUACGAUGGCAUGCGCUUCAACCCGGCCAAGAACAACGUCUUGUCGUGGAGGGAUGAGAACGAACACUUCAAGUUACGGUCUAAAAUGGCGGCUGGCUACUCUGGCCGUGAAGUAGCAAAUCUCGAACAAAAGAUCGACGACAACUUGCUACGGCUUUUCAAACUCAUUGACGGCUACAUUGAUGGGGGCAAGCCCUUCGACUUUGGCCGCAAGGCACAGUUUUUCACCUUGGACGUCAUCUCGGACCUUGCUUUUGGCAGGCCGUUCCGCUUCUUGGAAACCGACUCAGAUGUGUACGAGUACAUCAAGACGACGGAGGACAGUCUGCCAAUGUUUAUGGUGACAACUGUGUUCCCUUGGAUUAUUGGCCUGUUCGCGUCGCCCCUAUUCAGGUCACUGCUACCGUCGGAGAAGGACCCGCUGGGGUUUGGGAAGGUGAUGGGUCUAGUACUGAGGAGGGCUUUUCGGCUGACGCUUGAAUUCAGGAUUGCCAAGCAGGUUGCUGCUGAACGCUUCGGGCCUGAUAAGAAGGUCCAGAGGGACAUGUUGGGUUCAUUUGUUGCGCACGGCUUAACACAAGAGGAAGCCGAAUCCGAGAUUCUCCUCCAGAUGUAA